AAAAACAGCAGGGGUCAUGUGCAGGUCUGGGAGAGGGAGGCUCUGAGCUGGGGCAGGCUGGAUUGCAGUGUGUGGAGGUGCCGGCGCAUGGCUGCGAGAGUCUGUUUCAGGAGUCGCAGGGAGAAACGCUUCUGAAGGGUCUGAAUAUUCUGGGUGUAGAGACAACAUCAGGUGAAGAUGUGCGUGAUUUCAGCAAGGUGCUGAAAAAUAAGUUCAGAUCAAAGAAACACUUUGCCAAACAUCCUCGCUUGAGUUAUUUACGAGUACAAACAGUUCUAGAAGGCGAGAAGCUUGAGAGGACACAAUCAUCGCCUUGGAAGCUUCAUCACGAUACUACUUUGCAUUUCUGAAGAGGGAAGAAGAAAUCAACAUGAAAAUUCAAUUCCAUGGUUUUGGAAGUCCCAUUGAGAACACGAUUCAUUUGCGCCGGCAUAAUGCUCUGACCGAGAAAGAAUUGAAGUUUCCACUUGGAAGAAAGAUUCACAUCAAAUUGACUGGUCAAGGAAAUGGGACACUGACUAACCAUACGAUUAGACUGUUUUGAUGAGAAAUUUAAAGAUUACGUGUCCCAUCCGUUUGACUCACAGUUUGGUACCAUAGGUUGGUACGAUCUUCGUUGGAGAAGGAAAAUGGAUGUUCCAGAUACAGAAAACCGUCAAACCAUUUACAACAAAGUCCGUUUCUGAGAUAGCAAGAACUGCAGAUGCUGGAGCCAGAGGUAACACAGCGUGGAGCUGGAGAGUAUCAGAGAGGGGAAGUGAAGAAGGGUGUUCCUAAUGACUGGAGAUUGCAGAACCAAAGGUCACAGACUAAGGAUACACAGUAGAACGAAGAUGAGGAGAAAUGUCUUCGCCAAGAGAAUGGACACAAUCAUCGCCUUGGAAGCUUCAUCACGAUACUACUUUGCAUUUCUGAAGAGGGAAGAAGAAAUCAACAUGAAAAUUCAAUUCCAUGGUUUUGGAAGUCCCAUUGAGAACACGAUUCAUUUGCGCCGGCAUAAUGCUCUGACCGAGAAAGAAUUGAAGUUUCCACUUGGAAGAAAGAUUCACAUCAAAUUGACUGGUCAAGGAAAUGGGACACUGACUGACACAAUCAUCGCCUUGGAAGCUUCAUCACGAUACUACUUUGCAUUUCUGAAGAGGGAAGAAGUAAUCAACAUGCAAAUUCAAUUCCAUGGUUUUGGAAGUCCCAUUGAGAACACGAUUCAUUUGCGCCGGCACAAUGCUCUGACCGAGAAAGAAUUGAAGUACCACGCUGAGUAUUGUUAUCCCGAUAGUUCUUUCGUCUCAGUCCGUGUGUAUUCCUGGGCGAAUGUGCUCGUGUGGUCUCAGGAGUUGGGGAGGUCACGGCUCUGGGACAGCCGUUUCAUCGCCCUAUGCUGCAGAACCUGCCCCGGAAGAGAGAGCCCAGAGAAUUGCCAAAGCUGUCCGCAAACAGUCAAUAGAAGUGAAGGAAAAUUGGGAACAACUGAAAAUCCGUGCGAGCAACUGGCAGAAACAGGUGGAAAAGGCGUUGGAGAAACUUCAAGAACUGCAGAAAGUUCUGGAUGAUCUUGAGGCUCAUGUGAUAACAGCUGAGGGGGUCCACACUGAUUGGCAACCUGUGAGUGACCUGCUUAUUGACUCAUUGCAGGAUCACUUUGAUAAAACCACAGGUCAGGACUAUCUUCAAAAUCUGAGAUUGGGUUUUGAAAGACAGCAGCCUUUGUUUUGGAGAGAUAAUGGGAACUGCAGAUGCUGGAGAAUGCGAGAUAACAACGUGUGGAGCUGGAUGAAGACAGCAGGCCAAGCAGCAUCUGAGCUUUCCUGGAGCAAGUCUGUUUUCCUUCGGAUGAGACGACUUUCAGACAUACUCCCUUUAUUAUGAGAUUUAAUUGCGGUAAAAUGAGGAGGAUUUUUAUUCACUGAGACACACAUGACUAUAUGUUGAAAGCAUUGGAAAAAGCGUUCUGUUCGGACUGUCAUGUUAUCUGGUGUUUGUACCAGGCUUUCCGAUGAAAUGCAAGUGAUUAAGGAUGCUACUGAUGCCACAUGUUAUUACAAGAGGAAAUGAACAUACAAGUAAGGAUUUUAUGCCACAUUUAUACAUAGCAUGGGCCAUGCAGCAUGGAUGCAGUGACUGAGUGAAAUGGGAUGCAGUGACUGAGUGAAAUGGGAUGCAGUGACUGAGUGAAAUGGGAUGCAGUGACUGAGUGAAAUGGGAUGCAGUGACUGAGUGAAAUGGGACGCAGUGACUGAGUGAAAUGGGACGCAGUGACUGAGUGAAAUGCUCACAGCGAAUUGCCCCCUCUAUCCUGACCCGCUCACAGCGACUUGCCCCUGCAGUCCUGUCCCAAUCACAAGGACUUGCCCUCUCCGUCCUUACCCGCUCACAGUGACUUGCCCCUGCAGUCCUGACCCCCUCACAGUGACCUGCCCCCUCACUCCUGACCCGCUCUACAUUGAGGAAACCAAGCAGAGGCUUGGGGACCGCUUUGCAGAACACCUCCACUCGGUUCGCAACAAACAACUGCACUUCCCAGUCGCGAACCAUUUUAACUCCCCCUCCCAUUCCUUAGACGACAUGUCCAUCAUGGGCCUCCUGCAGUGCCACAAAAAUGGCACCCGAAGGUUGCAAGAACAGCAACUCAUAAUCCGCUUGGGGACCCUGCAACCCAAUGGUAUCCAUGUGGACUUCACCAGCUUCAAAAUCUCCCCUUCCCCAACUGCAUCCCAAAACCAGCCCAGUUCUUCCCCUCCCCCUACUGCAUCACAAAACCAGCCCAGCUGUUCCCUUCCCCCGACUGCAUCCCAAAACCAGCCCAGCCUGUCUCCACCUCCCUAACAUGUUGUUCCUCUCACCCAUCCCUUCCUCCCACCUCAAGCCACACCUCAUCCUGCCUCCUUGACCUGUCUGUCUUCCCUGGACUGACCUAUGCCCUCCCUACCUCCUCACCUGUACUCUCCUCUCUACCUAUCUUGUUUUCUCUCCAUCUUCGGUCCGCAUCCCCCCCCUCCCUAUUUAUUCCAGUUCCCUCUCCCAUCCCCCUCUCUGAUGAAGGGUCUAGGCCCGAAAUGUCAGCUUUUGUGCUCCUGAGAUGCUGCUUGGCCUGCUGUGUUCAUCCAGCUCCACACUUUAUGUUGGAUUCUCCAGCAUCUGCAGUUCCCAUUAUCAGUGGCAUUUUCCUCUUCAUCGAAGUUUGUGCAAAAGCAACACGAUAUGGGGCGGCACGGUGGCUCAGCGGUUAGCACUGCAGCCUCACAGCAGUGGGGACCCAGGUUCAAUUCCAGCCUCAGACAACUGUCUGUGUGGAAUUUGCACCUUGUCCCUGUGUCUGCGUGGGUUUCCACCAGGUGCUCCGGUCUCCUCCCUCAGUCCAAAGAUGUGCACGCUAGGUGGAUUGGCAAUGCUAAAUUGCCCGUAGUGUUCAGGGGCGUGGGUCUGGGUGGGAUGCUCCAAGGUUUGGUGUGCACUUGUUGGGCCAAAGGGCCUGUAUCCACACUGUCGGGAAUCUAAACAAACCUGUUCCCACAUCUCCAUGUUAUAACCCUGCUGAUCACUGCACACAGAGAUGUUUGAUAACAAAAGGAUAACAAUAAUAUUCAAACCUAGUGCUGGAGAUGUAUUUUAAAUACACGGAGGCCAGUGUCGAUCUCCAAUUCAACUUUUAUUUACAAAUGAACUGUCUUCAACUUUAGCACUGCCUCAUUCAGAGAUAGUUGAUAGGGUGUCAGCAUCUCUGAUGCUCACACCUCUUAUCUGUCAGCCAGGGCUCCCUGAUUUGGGCUGUUAAUAUGGAACAAUCAGGCAACUCAUAUUCUGUGAGGUUCAACUGGCCGACCUGGUCACAAACCAGUGCGGUGUGUUCAUCGAAAAUCAAACGUACUAGAAAGAUACCAUUCCAUACCAGUGUAAAGGAAGGCAUGAGGCUAAACUGGGGAGGGAAGGGAACUGCUUAUUGGGGGUGGCCCAGAGAGUAAAAGAAAAUCGAAUGGGAAGAAGACCAUUUGAGACUGAGGGAGACAGAUGUAAUUGCCUGAAUGAGGCAUUCCAAUUGCGAAAUGGAUUUUAGUGUGUACACCAUGUUCAGUUUCCCCGAUCUUAAUCUGUACUCCUCUUUAAAUCAUUAGUAUCUGAAAUUUCUGUAUCAUUUCCAAAUGUUCUGUCUCUAAUGUUAUGCUGUUGGAGUUGGUUGAACUGCAGAGAUAUUAUUUAUUUGCACAAAUGUGUUCAGUGAAAUGAGUUGCAUGCUAUUUAUGUAUUAUUCUUCCUGAUUCUAUUGUACGCAUACAAAUUAAAGUUAGUUCCACUUUUG